AAAGCAUCUGAAGCUCAGCAGUGGGAUUUGCUGUUCUGCUGUUGCAGCUCAGCUAAAAAGAGAAGAAACCAGAACAAUGGCAGACAGUGUGUGUCGCAGAAGAUCUCAGCCUUCACAAAAUGCAGCUGAAAUGCAUGUAGGAACUCAGAGGCAAAACAAUGGCAACAUUAAUAUCGUCCUCCUGGGGAAAACCGGAGUUGGGAAAAGCUCAUCAGGAAACACCAUACUGGGAGAAAACAGAUUUACAUGUAAAAAAAGCCUGUCUCCUGUCACAAAUGAAUCUAGAAUUGAGAAAUCAGACACUAAUGGCAGAUCUGUGUCCGUCAUCGACACUCCUGGGUUUUUCUGUACUAAACUUUCCAAAGAGCAGCUGGCAAAGGAGUUUGCGAGGAGUGUUAAACUCUCUGCUCCAGGAGUUCAUGCUUUCUUAUUUGUUGUGCCAUUUGAUCGGUUUACAGAGCAGGAGGAGGACAUACUAAAUAAAGUGGAAAAGGUUUAUGGUAAAGAUGUGCUGAAGCAUUUGAUAAUCCUCUUCACGCACGGUGAUGAAUUUGACAUAAAGGAUAUUCAGUCAGAGAUAGCGGGGAAUGAAGUUGCCAAAAGAGUCACUCAGAAAUGUAGGGAUUAUCAUGUCCUCAAUAACAAAGAUCUAAACAACAGACAGCAGGUCAGUGAUCUACUGCUGAAGAUUGACUCAAUGGUAGAGAUGAAAGGGUGCUACACUAAUGAGCUGUAUGAAUGUGCACAAAUUGGCAUAUUUGAAUGGUUUUGGGAAAAAUUCAAGGAACAUUUCCUUGCUUUUAUUGAUUACUUCAGAGGAAAAAUAAAAGAGUUUAUUAUGUCCAUGCCAGAUGCCGCUAAACAAGAAGAAAAACUGCCACUGGUGAAAAUGAAUGAACCUAAUUUUCAAUAAUUAUGUUGUCAAAUUUGAUUAAUUGUCUGUUUGGUCUUUGGGUUUUAUAAAUGUAGAUAUUGUUUUGAUUGACAGUAUUUAGCCAAAUAAGCCAGAAGUUAUAAACUAAAAGCAUGUGAAGUAAAAAUCAUUGUUUAAGCUAUAUUGUAAGAUUUAAUGGAUUGCUUAUGCUAAACGUGUGUAUUGUGGGGUUAAAAAGUAGGAUAAACCGAUGAUGUUCUGUCUUUCAUAUUUUAUACAAUAAAUAAUCUUACUGAUAAAAAA